AAGAAAAAAAAUCAAUGCAAGAAGUCCCUAUUGGACGAAUGGGGUCAUUGGCUCUUGGCCCGUCCUUGUCCGACUGGUCGAGUAAAUGAAGCUUCCCCUGUUCAUUCCCAGCGGACCAAACUCUCUCUCUCUCUCUCUCUCUCUCUCUCUCUCUCUUAACAGUCGAAGGAAAAGUCCUCGGUUAUGGUUCAUGGAGUUUUCCUUCUGAGGUAGGACCAAACUUCCUCCAAUUGUCUCAUUUCUCUGUUUUUCGUGUGAAUCACACAUUUGGGUUCUGUUCAACUUCUUCUUUCGGAUGCUAGACAACCAGUUUUUCCAAGCGAUUCUGCGUCUUUCUUUGUUGCAUAAGUGAAUUCUGAAGUUGGGGUUCUGCUGGUUCGGGGUUUCUCUCUUUGAUAAUGCCUAAUCCUGACCUGGGCAAGCAAGAUCAGAGUUUUUUAGGUAAAUUCUGUUGCUGUGCUUGAUAUGUGUAUAUGGAUGCAUAGGCACACAAGUCUGUGUGUGCACUCAUUUAAAGUUGAAGGUAAAAUGUAAUGAGGACAAAUUCCAUCAUGGAGGAGGACUCACGUACAAUGACUAUUGACUACCUUCGGGCAAGGUUGCUGUCGGAAAGAUCUGUCUCAAGAAGUGCAAGACAAAGAGCUGAUGAACUGGCGAAAAGGGUAACGGAAUUGGAGGAACAGCUAAAGAUUGUGUCUCUUCAAAGAAAGAGAGCUGAGAAGGCAACAGUAGAUGUUCUUGCCAUUCUGGAAACCCAAGGUUUAAGUGAUGUUUCUGAAGAAUUUGAUUUGAGCUCAGACCAAGAAACCCCUCGUGAAUCCAAAGGUGGUAAUAAGUCUACAAAAGAAGAGGAGAGUUCUAUCAAUUCAAAAGUCAGCAGAAACAAAUCAGAGGAAUUUUCAGGUUCUGAUCUCGAUUCUUCUCCAGUACGUGGUAGAAGCUUGUCUUGGAAAGGCCGCAAUGAUUCCCCACGUUCUCUUCAGAAGUACAAGGACUCUUCCAUAAGAAGAAGGAGUGUAGCUUCCACACGUUCUUCUUCCCCAAAACAUUGCAUAGGUAAAUCAUGCCGCCAGAUAAGACGCAGAGAGGCUGGGUCUAUUGUUGAGCAGUUUAAAACAGAGCCUGUCAAGGUUGGUUGUGAAGAAAAUGGAGUGGCAACCUGUUCAGAAGGUUUUACAAUUUGCUUAGAUGGUGGGCUGAAAGAAGGUUCUAAAAUCCAGGAAAACAUUUUGCUGGAUAGUGCACUGCCAGGUUGUUUAGAAAAUCAGAGAAAUGUCGGAAAUAAUGGCAUUGAUUGUAAUGAAUAUGGACGAGACAAAGACAUGGAAAAAGCACUAGAAGAUCAAGCACAACUCAUUGGUCGAUAUGAAGCAAUGGAAAAAGCUCAAAGAGAAUGGGAAGAGAAGUUCCGAGAAAAUAACAGCAGUACACUGGAUUCGUUUGAUCCUGGGAACCACUCAGAUACUACAGAGGAAAGAGAUGACGUCAAGCCACAAGCUCCAUAUCCAGCUGAGACAGUUGCCUCCAAUGCCCAAGAUGCAAAGUCAGAGGUGACAGGUGUUUGCUUGUCUAAAGAGCUGCCCAAAACUAAGUCCAAUGGUGUUCUACCACCUUCGCAUGUGGGAGGUACACAGAAUCAGAAUACCAGUAGUAGCUUUGCUUCUGAACCCGUGGCUCCGGAAUUUGCUGUCCCUAUGACAAAGUGGAAGCAAAAUCAAGAGAGCGUAGAAAGUUACAGGCAUCAACCUUCAUUUAGCUCCCAUCAUGAACUGCCCAAAACUAAGCCCAACGGUGUUCUACCACCUUUGCAUGUGGGAGGUACACAGAAUCAGAAUACCAGUAGUAGCUUUGCUUCUGAACCCGUGGCUCCGGAAUUUGCAGAACCUAUGACAAAGCGGAAGCAAAAUCAAGAGAGCGUAGAAAGUUACAGGCAUCAACCUUCGCUUAGCUCCCAGCAUGAGCUGCAUUCACCUGCUCCUUCAUCUGAUGUGGGCAGCAGUUUCCUAAAAGGAGAUACUUCAGUGAGCCGAAACGACCUCUAUGCAUUGGUGCCGCAUGAACCAUCUCACGGUUUAGGCAGUGUGCUGGAGGCACUUAAACAAGCAAGGGUAUCACUGAAACAGAAAAUGAAUCAGGUUCCUUUAAUUGAAGGUGCAUCUGUCGGUAAAGCUGUUGAACCUUCAGUACCUGCCACAAACACUGGGAACUUGAUGGAGAUUCCAGUUGGAUGUGCUGGGCUUUUUAGGCUGCCAACGGAUUUUUUGCUUGAAGCUGGUACUCAAGCCGACUUCCUAGGUUCAGGCUCAGGUACAACAAACUAUUAUCCAAAUCAGGGAGUUGCAGUUACUGCAGGUGAUCGAUUAGGCACCGCUCCUUACUUGGAGACUAGGUCUGGUAUUUCUACCUCUGAUCAGUAUCUCCCUAGCCGAUAUUCGAAGACCUUGUCAAGAGUUUAUACUGAGAAGCCACAAUUUGAUGCCUACUGGGAUACAAUCAAAUCCUCUUCCAGUAGAUAUACCAAUCCGACCUAUCCCACCUAUCCCGCCCAUGCCGCUUAUCCAUCGUAUCGAUCAUAUCCUGAAUUUCAGCCGCAGAUGCCUUCCAAUGAAGGAUUUCCUCAAAGCUUUUCUAGUAGGGCAGUUGGGGUACCUCCGGCGGAUAACUAUUUUUAUGAUGAUCGUAUUAGACCAAAUAUGUAUAGAUAGUAGCAUGCCAUUGAAUUUCUGUUAGGUUAUUUAAAUUAGAGCUUCACUGAGUUUACAGUAUACAGGUUUUGUAGUGUAAUGAUGUGCCUCUAGGAAACCACGUGUACUGUCUUUGGUUCUGUGAGUGGAAGUGAAGCAGAAGCUUGUAAAGAGGACCAUAUUCUUUUUUCUGUAUCUCAUAUUUUCUUUGUUUCA